AGCAGCUCUCUUCAUGAAAGAUACACUAAUAGUUCACACUUACACAGUACAGGAAGUUGAGGGUAGCAGUGAAAAGGAAGCUACUUGAGCUCAGCACCAAAUAAAAAAAACACGGACUCCCAAAGCAAUUUUGCUGUCUUAACCCCCUAAACUGCAAAGUGGAUGGAUUUUUCAAGGGUCAACAGAAGCCACAUAUGAACAGCCAUGUCAGGCAGAAAACCUAAGAGGCUCGGUUCAUCUCGACGAGGCCCUAGAGGUCUUACCAGAAAUAAUGAAGAGAAAGACAAUGACGAUGGAAUUCCACAGAUUGCAGAAUGUGAAGUUAGACAGUCUGAAUCUCACACCACUACCGGUAACCAAUCAGGUGAUACUGUUACAAAUGUCCAAUUUGAUCAUUUGUCAAGCUCGAGCAUUGUUCAGCAAAUAUCCUCAUUUGAAUGUUCUCCACAUGCAAGCUACAAAGAUGCAGUCAUGGAGACCGAACUGCCUGAAAGGAAAAGAAAAAUGGGAUCAACUCGCAAGAGUUCUGGUGGGUUUAAAGGGGAGAGAAAACUUGAAUGUGAAGCUGUUGAUGAGAUGAGGACCACUGAAGAGUUAAGUGAAGAGCAACUAGCUGAACCAAUCACAUCAGCCAUAGAAGAUCAUAGUAAUCUUCAUGAGCAAUCAAGGUCAUGGAAUUUGCCUUCUAAUCUAUCCCAACAGACUGAGAGUUCCGGAUUGGGAGGGGAGCUCAAAACAGCUCACAUUGAGGUUAUGGCUUCAAAAAAUAAUGAAAAUGAUGCAAUCCAACAUCUAGAAAUAACCUCUCAAAGUCAUACUAAGGAUCUUUCCUCAUAUGAUGUAGAAAGGAAGAUGGGGCUUUCCAGUGUAGUCACAUUAACUGAAAGUGAUCUGUUGCUCCAGGAGCAAACCCCAUUAGCCAGCACCACUGGGCAAAAAAGAAAAAUGGGCUCAACUCGCAGGCCUCUUAUGGGAAACAGAGGAGAAGAAAAAAUAAAAAAUUUAGAGGUACUAGAACAUUCAAGAAGUACAGAGAGGGUUGAGAAAGCAGAAGUCCAAGCAGAGUUCAACUUGUCAGGAGAGAUGAUGCAAACGUGGGAUGUCGUAAGAGCGGACAGUACUACAGAUACAUCUUCCCACACAGAAUUAGCUUUUAUUUCAAAUCAGUCUUUCUUGUUUGGGAGCACUAAAGAAUCUGAUGUUUCAGCUGGAACUGAAACCAAAAAACAGUCAGUUGCUUUUCCUGUUGUUGAUCCAGCAAAGCCCCUACCUGAAACCUCUAGCCACGAUGGACCCCCAUUACUCACUGAAAAUGUUAAAUCUAAGAAUGGUUCAGAUGCAAGCAACCUCUCUAAGGAUUUUGAUGCUUGUCAGAAUGUGACUAUCACAACAUCAUCCCUUUCCAGGUCAGAAGACCAUGAGCUAAACACAGAUUUAAAAGAAGUAGGAUGUAAUUUUACUGACUGGAAUCAUAAUGAACCUGAUCCAAGAAGUGACAAAAACACAUCUGAAGAGUUUAAAACGGUUAACACAGGAAAGACCGAGGAGGUUCUAAAGCAGAAAGAGGAACCAUCUAGAAAUGAUUCAAUAAAUACUUUAUCAUCAAAACAGGAGACAGUAUCUGAGGAACUUGUGUUUAAUGAUGAGGAAUGUUCUUCAGCGCCCAGACAACAUCAUAGUGCUACUACAGAUAAUAACUGUGAUCUUUCUACUGAUGUACUUACGACAGGAGGAAGUAGAAGUUCUGAUAAGCUUGAGUUAGAUAUAAUCCAUGCUGAACCCACUGCAACAGAUUCACCACUUGAGAUGAGUGAUACAGACCCUUACAUCCACACUUCAGAGUUUGUGAAGAAAGAGACGUUUAUAGGAUCAAGCACUUCAAAACAAAGGAGGAAUAUAGGGUCAUCUCAGUUUUCAGAGGGCAGUCAACUCUCAUGUGACGCCAAGCCAGAAACGAAUGUUUGUUCUCAAUUACCUGUUUGUUCUCAAUCUCCUGAGUCUACAAUAAACAAUGCAGCAUCACCAGCACAUAUUGGUAGCCCUAUUGAAGAAGGUCAAGAGAUUUAUGUUGAUAAGAAACAAGAAGGGAACAUCUGUGAUGAUAGUGUUUCAUUCCGAGAAGUUAAGCUUAUUGGAGCUACAGUUUCAGUAAACAGUGAUGUGACGAUGGAGUUAGCCGAUGCCAAUGUUAAUAACUUGGAAGGGGAUUAUAUGGGCGAUAGAGAGAGUCACACUUUAAUAGUGGAGAUGUUGCAUGAUAACAAGAAAAAAUGUGUAGGUCCCCAAACUUCGGCAACAGGAGAAAAUGAGAGUAUGGUUACUGAAACAGAAUCUAAAACAGAUGAUACAUUUGAGAUGAUAGACUGGGAUGAUGUGAUAGAUCACAAUAUGAUGGAAAAAACUGUGAAAGAAAGAGAUAAUGAAGAUGAGGGGGGGACGACCACAGAAAGAGUUACAAUUUCAAAUCAGGAAUCAUGUGAAAAUUCAGCUAAAAAGGAGAUAGAGAUUACCCUAAAACAAGAGCAAAGGCCUUCCUCAAAUAUAUCUCAAAAUAAAAGUGGUGUACUACAGGAUAAUGUUGGCCAACACUUGUCAGAGGACCAACAAAGAACAACACAUUUUGAAAUAGACAAUCCUGCCUUUGUAAGUCAUACUGAUUUUGUCAUGUCUGAAGCACUGCUAAUGUUGGAACCCUCAUUAAAUGUAUACCAAACACAAAGUGGUUCACCAGAGAAUGAUGCUGAGAAGAAAUUGGGAAUUGAGAUUAAUUUUGGAGAAGAGAAAGAGGGAGAAACUGAGAAUACUGCAGUUGAAGAUGUGUCAGAGGAAAUAUUUACUCUUGAAGAAGUUACAGGAUCUCACGUACACCAAGAACUCUACAGUUUAUCUCCUGGUAAAGAAGGCAAUGACGUUAUCCAAAGAGAUGAAAGUGUGUAUGAGGAAAGUGAAGAAAAGGAGAUACUUCUCAGGGCAAAAUCAGAGUGUGCAGCAUUUGAUCGAGAGGAUGAGAGAAGUGACAAAGACCUAGAGAGCCUAGACUCCAAGGAAACAGAAAAAUAUGAGGAGAUGGAUGCAGCACCCGCCCCAAUAUUAGAUGUAGCAAAACAUCUAACCAAUGUAAACACUGAGGGAAAUGAUAGCACACCAGAUUUAAAAACAGAAAAUCCAGAGAAAAACAAAGAAUCAAUAGAAGAGCAAAAUUAUACAAACAUGGGAAAACAGACACUUAACAGUGAAGGUAUGAUGAAUGUAGAGGAAGAAAUCCUCAGUUUGGAGAAAGAACCUAGUCCAGUUCAAUCUAAACUAAGAACAUCCAAGACAGAAUAUGGAGCUACAGAACCGACGGAUAUAGGUGUGGAGAAUAAUGCUGGUCCUUCUGAAGGAUUUGACUCUACUUUUACGCAGCCAUUAAGAAGUUCAGAUUUAGUGUCAGAGGAAUCUACGGCAGCGAGUAUCAGUGACAAUAUAGAAGCAAAAUCCAAAACAGAAUUUCAUGCAAAGACUCUUGACAAUGCUGGAGAUGUAGGAGUGCCAGUAGGGGGAGACACAGAACCACACUUGGAAAAUCAAAUACAGAACAUUACUGUUGACUCAACAAUGGUGACUGAUUCUGGUCUUCUCUUCAGAGAAGUUGCCACUGUAGGUUCAGAAGAAGAAGUCACAGUUCCUGAAAUCAGCCUCAUCCCUGAAGAUUCACACAGACAGGAGGUACACUCAAAAUUGAAUCCGAUUGCUCACAAGCGAAAAAUGGGCUCAACUCGUAGACCUCUCAGUGGGAACAAAGGCCAAAGAAAGGGAAAAGAACAUCAUGAUGAAGAUGAGAGACUUAACAGUGAAGGUAUGAUCAAUGUAGAGGAAGAAAUCUUCAGUUUGGAGGCUCAGAACAGUGCAGAUGAAUCUACAUUAAGAACAUCCGAGACAAAAGAUGGAACUACAGAAAUUAAGAGGGAAAUUGGAGUUGAGAAUAAUACUGGCCCUGUUGUACGGUUUGAGUCUGCUCUCAUGCCAUCAUUAGGUAGUUCAGAUUUAGAGGAAUCCACUGCAGUGAGUAUCAGUGACAUAAUAGAAACACAAAGCCUCACAGAAUUUCACUCAGCUUCCCUGGAAAAUACUGGAGAUGUUGAAGGAUUGCCAGUAGAGGGAGACACAAAACCACACUUAGAAAUUCAAACUCAGACCAUAAGUGUUGACUCAACAACCAAUGAAGGAGAAAGAACAGAAGAGAACUCCCAUGAUAAUAGUGUUCUUGUCAAAGACGAUGAAGUUAUUGGAGAUAUAAUUACAGUAAAGAGCAAUAUGACUAUUGAUUCAGAUUUUCUUCAAAAUUAUACUUCUCAUGAUGCAAACCUGGAAGCAUUUAAAGUCACAUCUGAAAAUGUUGAGAAUGUUUCACCUGUGACUGAUUCUGGUCUUCUCUUGAGAGAAGUUGCCACUGUAGGUUCAGAAGAAGAAGACACAGUUCCUGAAAUCAGGCUCAUUCCUGAAGAUUCACACAGACAGGAGGUGCACUCAAAAUUUGAUCCGAUUCCUCACAAGCGAAAAAUGGGCUCAACUCGUAGACCUCUCGGAAAAAACAAAGAGAAAAGAAAGGGUGGAGAAGAAUCCAAGGAAAGGGAUGGAGAUAAGGAAGGAAUUGCAAAUGAGGAAAAUGGACAUUCAAAAAUUCUAGAUCAGGAUAAAAAGAUAGAAAACAAUAUGAUGGAUGUAACAGAUAAUAAAAGAGAAAAUGGAAAAACCACAAAGACAGAACCAUGUAAUGAUUCAACUGGAAAUGAAGAGUGGUUUAGAGAGAUUAUUUUAGUACAAGAACAAAGGUCUUCAUCAAACAUAUCUGAAACACAAAUUGAUGCACCACAGGAUGAUGCUUGCCCACAAUUACCAGAAGACCAAGAAGGAAUUGUGGAUUUUUUCAGAGACAAUCCUGCUUGUGUAAGUCGUUUUGAUCCUGUCUUGGCUGAUGCCCUAAUGGAGGAAGCUAAAAUUCAUGCAUCAUCUGAGCAUGUUGUUAUGCUUGACAGUUGUGCACCUCAAACAGAGGAUAGCAAAAUGCAUGGAGCAUCCAACAGAUCCUUGCAGAAGAGAAAAAUAGGAUCAUCUCGGAAAACUCAGAGAGGGAAGAGAAUGGAAAAUGAGAUCGAUGUUAAAGAAGAAAAAGAGAAUGACAAUGCCACAAAGACAGAGGAAACAUUUACUCUCCAAGAAUCUAAUUUACAUCAGCAACCAUUUAGUUUAUGUUUUGACAAAGAAUCCCAUGACAUUCAGCAUGAUGAUAGCAAACCAUAUAGACAGACUGAAAAUCCUGAUCAAAAUGAAGUAUCAGUAGAGGAGCAAAACGAUCCAAAUUCUAAUAAAAACCUCAAAAUAUUUGAGUGUGCUUCUUAUGUUACUGCUGAGAAUGUUUCCGAUCUCCCUUUGGAAGAUGUUGUAACAGUAGAUUCGAGAGAGACAGACACAAUACCUAAACAAAUUGAAAUCACAAGCAUCAUGCCUGAAGAGUCUUACAGAGGGGAUGUGCAAUCAAAUUUAUAUCCAGUUGUUCAAAAGCAGAAAUUUGGGUUAACAUGUAAGAUACUCAAAGGACAGAGAAAAGAAGAAUAUGAAUCCAAAGAAAAGGAUGGAGAUGGGGCAGCAAAGGAGUGGAACACAGAACCAAACUUAGUAACCUGUGAAGGAGAAAGUGAAAUGAAAUUUAAUGGAGAUACACAGAGAAGAGGAGAGUCUGGAGAGGUUAAUAGAUACAUUGAUUGGGCCAUUCAACCAGCAGCUACUUCAAAAAUAUUUUUCAAACCAGAGGAUGAAGUGAAUAAAGUUUCAGUAGUAAGUCAAGAGAAGGGACCUGAUAAUACUGAAAAUGAGAUAAUCAAUCUCUAUGAGGGGACAGAACACAAAUGUGUCUUGACGCUUAGUCCUGAAGAUACUCAUCAGACCAUUUCUGAAGAUUACUUUGACCCGCAUGCUUAUAAAGAAUCAGAACCUGAAGAAACUGAAAGCACCUUCCAUCUUGUUCCAUCAAAGGAAUUAAAAAGCACUCAGGAUGAUGAAAAUAGAAUAUCUGCUACCAAAGGAAAGAAGAGAAAGAUGGGCUCAACUCGGAAAAAUCCUCGAGUACAAGAAGGGAAAAUGUUAAAAGACCAAGAUGAUUUCCAAGAACUGGAAAAAGAGCAUCUUGAAUGUACUGAAGAGGCUGGUACAGCAGAAGAUAGACAAAGUGAGAAGAAACCAGAGGAAAAUAGAGUGUAUUUGGAUGAUUUUUCUUUUGUAUCUUCUGAAAAACAAUAUAAAUUCAUAAAUACUCAGUCCAAGGAUGUGUCAUCAGAGGCAUUCAAUAUUAUAGAUCCUGAAUCUGAAAUAUUAGUAAGUACAACUGAUUUGAAAGAAGAUGAAAAGGAUUAUCAGAUCCAUUCUGACCUAAGUGAAUCAAUGGGACCUGAAAAACUGGAUAAAUCAGAGAACUGUCAAACAGGUGCAGUUGAAAGAAAUACCUUACAAAUUUGUGAUAAUCCAUUGACAAUGUCAAAACAUCCCCAAUCUGAAGCCAUUAACAGUGAGAAAAAAAGGAAGAUGGGCUCGACUCGCAAAAAUCUCAGAGGAGACAAAAGAGAGGACAUAGCAUGUGGAAUGAACAUAGUAGGAAAAGCAGUAGGAGAACAAACUGAUAGCCUUGAUAAGUCAGAGGGUUCACUUCUCAGCGAGAUAGAGAGCAUGUUGAAUAAAACGUCUCAAAUUCCACAAAAUCUUGACUAUGAACUGAUCAUUAAUGAUCCAAACUCAAGUGACUUGAUAAACACUCUAGAUGAAACAUAUUAUCCAAUAAGCAUGACAGAAAACUCACAACCACAAGAUGGCAAAGUCCAAGGCUCAUCUCUCCAAAGCUCUAAAACUAACACUGAACCCAGCUCACCGGGAACACGAAGAAAAAUGGGUUCAACUCGCAAGAAUCCCAGACAACAGCUCAAACUAGAGAAGAGGGAUGACGAAGAAGAGGCUAAGAAGAUUGCAGAGAACUUAGAGACAAGUAAACAAGAAAGAAUUGCUCCUAGGGAGGACCUUGAAGCAGCUGAGGAACCUAAUAUCACAGAAAACAAGGGGAGUAAAGAAUAUCUUGAUGUACCCAGUGCACUCACAAGUAGCUAUCAGCUAGAAGAGAGUGGUAACCCUAUUGUACAAGAAAGGACUUCACCAUCAGCCAAAAGGAAAUUUGGGUCCAGGCGUGCUAAUAAGGGCAACAGAGGCCUUGGUGUGCUGGCCACUUCUGAAAGCGGGAAUGAAUUUGAAGAGGGAGAAGAUAAACCACACAGCUCUGGGGUCCAGGACAAUCUGCCCAGAGAUGACUUGACGGUUUCUGAUCCCUGUCACAGCUUACGACCAGAUCAACCAAUUUUCCAAUCUGACUAUGAGAAUAGCAACAUGGAAGCCAGAAAUGAAGAAGCUGCAAAAUCUCUUCCACAAGGCAAGGCUGUAUCUAUACAGGAAGGAACUGGUGCUUGUCUAGUUUCUUUGGACCAAAUCAUAAAAGCAGCACAGCAUGAUAGAAGCCCUGAAAGUAGACAGACAACACUUUUAAAGAAGAGCACUGAGCAAGGUACUGAAGUAGCUCAGUUUAAUGUGGUCAUUGUGGGAAACAGCUGUGUGGGGAAAACUUCCUUUAUAAGACGCUUCAAUGAAGGACAGUUCAGUCCAGAUUACCGCUCUACAAUUGGUGUUGACACGUGUGUACAGACUGUUGAGCUGCAUGACAGAUUUGUUAAACUGUACAUAUGGGACACAGCAGGUCAAGAGAGGUUUCACAGCAUCACCACACAAGUGUUCCACAAGGCUGACGGGCUUCUGCUCAUGUAUGAAAUCACAUCUCCUAAUAGCUUUAUUUCUGUAAGAGACUGGAUCUCCAAAGUUCAGGAAAGAGCUCCUGAUGAUGUCAUCAUGAUGUUGCUUGGGAACAAGAAUGACUGUGUUGAGCGUAAAGUCCAGAUUCAAGAAGGGGAGGAUCUGGCCAGAGAGUAUAACAUUAAUUUCAUGGAAUGCAGUGCUUCUACUGGGGAUAAUGUGUCAGAAUCCAUGAGGACUCUUGCUCAGUUGUUAGUGCAGCAGAAUAGACAGAAGAAGCAGCAACACACAACAUUGAAAAGAGAGCAACCACAGAAGUCUGGUUGCUGUUGAAUACACACACACACACACACACACACACACACACGUGAGCGCACACGCUUAUCUAAAUGAGGACAUACCAUAGACCUCUAUUGUUUUUAUAUACAUUUAAUUAUAAUUACUAGACAAACCCCAACCCUUGAGUAUAGCUAAUUUAUAAAUGUAUUUAAAUGUUUUUUCCAAAUGAGGAUGCCCCUUAUUUUACCCAAAGGGGGGGGGUUUGUCAGAAUUUGCUUGCUUUUGGGACAAAAUGUAUUUUCAAACUAUAUCUAAUGAUGUACACACACAUACAUACAGUACAAUCAAACAAAAACAUAGGAACAAAUAUAAGCUGUUUAUAGGCCUAUAUCAUUGCUUAAGGUGGAUGCAGUCUCUAUAUUUUAUAAAUAUGUGCAAAGCACAAUAUUGUUUUAAUUCUUUAAAAUAUCACACAUAAUCUUGUAACUGUAUUUUUAGUACAUGUCUAUAAAUGCUUUAAGCCCAUCUGUAAGUGCUGAGUGGAAGUGAAAUUUGAAAACGAAUCCAUACAAAUAAAAGCAGAUAAAAGUGAACAAUAUUGUGAACAAAUGAAUGGCAAAAACCUAAGUAACAUAACUGCAUAGAUUAUUAGUUAAUACAGACUUAAUCAGUGAGGUAUGUCUAGUCAAUGUUAAAAAAAACACAAUAAAUAACUUACUACUUAACCCACGUUUAAAUGUAAUUCUACCAUAGAAGUCUAUAUUGUGCAAUAAAUGCUACAGAAUGGAAGAAAAACAAGUAAAAAAUAAAUCUCAUUAUGCUUUCUUCAGAACUA